GAGGAGGAGGAGGUGGAGGAGGAGAAGCAGGACUCACCGGUCAGCAGUCCAGCCUGCAGCCCCACACAGGCCACCUGCCCCGGACCUCGUAGCAGACGCUCACCGCUGGACAAAAAAAAACGCCUCACGGAGAAAAUCAUGUUUCCUGAACUUCUUUUUAUAGACUUUUACUGACUUUACUGGGAAAACAACCUGCAGCAUUGUGAUUGUUUUCUUCCUUUGCUGACACCUGAAAAUGUUUUUUUCUUUUUUUCUGAUGGAUCAUUAAUUCUACAUUUCUGCAAGAAGAAAACCUUUCACGGUUUUGACUGCUGGGAAGGAGCCUGAAACUUUACCAACUCCUGGAUUAAACAGUUUCCAGGAGCUUUGACAGACUCUGGAAGUUCUUCAAAACACUCCUGUGGGACCUUCAGUGCACCUGUGCCGAUCACUAGUGACUACAUGAUCGAUUGGAUGGUCACUCUUGCAGUGUACAGCGGUUCUAAUCUCUAAACUAUAUCACAGGAAUCCAGAAGGGGUGUUUUGGGUUUUGUGGUUCUGCUGUUUGAAGUCAGACCUCCACGUCUCCUCCGGGGACAGACAGCCAGAACCUCCCCACCGUCCAUGCACCAUGAAGCGGCCGUGUGAGGACAGCAGCUCUGCAGAGAGUGAGGUGGACGAGACCAUCGAUGUGGGCAGUGAGAACAUGUAUCCAGGGCACAUGAAGGCGUCCUUUAUAAGAUGUGGAUCCCCGACCACGACCACUCAAGUGAUGGCGAGGAAGAAACGCAGAGGGAUUAUUGAGAAGAGACGCAGAGACAGAAUCAACAACAGCCUGUCAGAGUUACGGAGACUCGUACCAACAGCGUUUGAGAAGCAGGGUUCAGCUAAACUGGAGAAAGCAGAAAUCCUCCAGAUGACCGUGGAUCAUCUGAAGAUGCUGCAGGCCACAGGAGGGAAAGGUUUUUUCGACGCCCACGCUCUGGCCCUGGACUUCCUGUCUCUGGGUUUCAGGGAGUGUGUGACCGAGGUUUCCCGCUACCUGAGCGCCGUGGAGGGCCUGGACUCCAGCGACCCCCUGCGCUGCCGCCUCCUCUCCCACCUCAGCUCCUGCGCCUCCCAACGCGACGCUGCCGCCCUGACGGCCGCCUCCCACUCGCCCCACCACCACCACCACCACCACCCCCACCACCCCCAGCAGCCUCAUCCUCUACCUCACCCAUUCCACCCCCCUCACUGGGCGGCUGCCGUGGCUGCGCUGCGUCCUCUGCCGUACGGACUGAGCGGCCUUCCGGUUUCCCCGGAUGCUGGAGGCGGAGGCGGUGGAGCCCCCCAGAGGCUGGCGGAGCUGUCGCAGCGUAGCGUGGCCUCCUCCUCCUUCUCCUCCCACGUAGACUCCGCCUCCUCCUCUCCUUCCUCCUCCUCCUCCUCCUCGUCCCUCGUGCUCCCCUGCACCCCCGCCCCUCUCUCCGCCUCCCUCCUCUCCCUCUCGGCGUCGUUCCCCAUCGCCCUCCACGGAGGUUUCCCCAUCUUCCCUUCCUCCUCCUUCACCUCCGCCACCGCCGCCACCAGUCCUCCCAUCUCGUCCUCCUCCUCCUCCCACACUCCUCACGGCGGUAAACCCUACCGGCCGUGGGGGACUGAGGUUGGAGCUUUCUGACUGCAGCGCUGCUCAUUAACCUCUGACUUGUUGACAAACUGACACUUUAACAGCCUGGAAACACUUUAAUCACAGUUUCAUUCACCGACUGGUUUUAACACUUGACUCAGACAGCUCGUUCUGUUAAUCUGUUAACCACUGGGAUGGUUUUUUUUUACUGAUCUCCGCCUGCUGCUGCUGUUACAGACCGGUUGAAAUGUGUGGUUUAAUGUGGUGUCUUAUUCAGCUUUACUGCGUUUAAACAUGUUCUGUGUGAUCAGCUGCUCUUCUGUGAGGUUAAUUCCACUUGGACAAAACUACACAUUUGAUAUUGUUUAACCCUGAUAAGUCUGGUGAUAUUCUAUAUUUUAAGACGAUUUUAUCUCACUCCCACAUGCACCAUCCUGCUGGAUCAAAGACUCACUGGAGCACCAGAUGUGGAUUAAUCCACCGAUGAAAAUAGUUCCCAAGGAAUGUUGCAUUUCCUCCAGCUUGUUAAAAACUGUUUUAGGGAAUUACUGAGCCUAAAAUAAAAUAAAACUGUAUGUUUUUGGGGGAUAAAGUGUUGGGAGAUGAGGUUUGUAGACAGUAACAUAAACAUAGACUAACACCAGACUUAUCCUUGAAAACAAACCUGAAACACUGACAAAGAGUAAUAAACCAAAGUCUUCCUCUAAUAUUCAGUCAUUCAUGUUUAACCCGACUUACCAGACUCUUGCUGUGUCUGGUAUUUUAUUUCAUGGAGAAUCUAUGAACUGAGAACCAAACUGAUCUCAAACUGUCUCCCAGGAUUCUCAGACAGUUGCUGGGACAAAUAUUAAGACUGUACAACUAAUAUUUGAUCAUAUUAGACCUUUUUUUUUUAAUAUCUGUGGUUUACAUGUAAACUUUCACUGAAUUUUCCACCAAAUAUCUGUGAUGCCCUGCGUGCCUUUGUACAAAUAAAGAUGACUAAACGGUUUUGCUGCUGUAAUAAAAAAGAAGGGGCAGCUGU